GCAGCUCCACAUAGGCAUUGCCGCUUUCCGGCUAAUAUCUCGUGCAGCGCAUCCCGCCUCGCCCGCUUGGCAGUGGUGUGUGUGUGGGUUGAGACCGAGUUGGGAAACCCGAAGGAAUAUCUCUGGUGUGAGGUACCCUAAACGCGAAGCUCAUUGCAAGAUGGUAGGUAUUAGUAACCUGGGAGAAUACCUACCAGAUGGGAAGAUAGGUUACCGUUAACUCAGCCAUCAUCAACCGAGUCGUCUCGCCCUUCUCAUCAUUGACGUUGAAAGAACACGCUUUACACACACCAUCCCAUCAGUCCAUCCACCCAUCCAACCAAGCUCAACUCAGUCAUUAACCAAAAGCCAAAAAUGCCCCGGCCACCCCUCUCGCAAAACCGCAGCAUGGCGAUCCUGAACAAGGCCAAGGCGGAAGGCUACGCGGUCCCGGCCAUGUGCUGCUACAACAUCGAAGCGAUCAUGGCGACGGUGCGGGCAGCCGAGGCGGCGCGCUCGCCGGCCAUGGUGCUGCUGUUCCCCUGGGCGAUGCAGUACGCGGGCGACGCGCUGGUCAAGGCGGCGGCGGAGGCGGCGCACUCGGCGCGCGUGCCCGUGGCGCUGCACCUCGACCACUGCCAGACGCCGGAGCUGGUCCGGCGCGCGGCCGACAUCGACGACGGCUUCGACAGCAUCAUGUGCGACAUGAGCCACUACGAGAAGGAGGAGAAUCUGAGGCUGACCCGGGAGUUGGUCGCGUACUGCCACGAGCGUGGCAUUGCGGCCGAGGCGGAGCCCGGGAGGAUAGAGGGUGGCGAGGACGGGGUGGCGGAGACGGCCGAUCUGGAGGGCUUGUUGACGACGCCCGAGGAGGCCGAGGAGUUUGUGGCCACGGGGAUUGACAUGCUCGCGCCGGCGUUUGGGAACGUGCAUGGCGAGUAUGGGCCCCGGGGCAUCCAGUUGGAGUAUGACAGGCUGCAGAGGAUCAACGAGAGGGUCGGGGAGCGGGUGCGGCUGGUGCUGCACGGCGCGGACCCGUUCGACGAGAAGAUCUUCCGGGAGUGCAUGGCCGGCGGGGUGACCAAGAUCAACAUCAACAAGGGCAUGAACAAGCACUACGCGCGGGUGCAGGACGAGAUGAAGGGGAAGCCGUUGACCAGCGUCAUCGAGGCCGGCACCAACGAGAUGCAGAAGGCGAUUGAGCAGUACAUGCACUGGCUUGGGAGUGCUGGGAAGGCCUAGCCAGAAGGGGAAGGGAUUCUUUCUUUUCUUUUUUUUUUCAUUCUUCUUCUUGUUACUGCAUACG